CGCCCUGCCCCCCUCUUCUCCUCCCCUCCCCGCUCCUCUCCCGGCAGAAAGUUAGCAGCGGGGAAGGAACUCAGGGCUGCAACAGUGUGAGGCGGCGGCGGCUGUAGAGGCAGCAUCAGCGGCGGCGGCGACUGAGGAGGAGGAGGAAGAAGACGCGGAUCUGGAGACGGAGGUUGGAGCAGGUGCCACCGGCUGCACAGGGAGUUUCGCGCGCCCCCCUCAGUCCCCUUCCCAGAGGCUGAGGGGGGGUGGUGGGGGAAGCCCGGGGCCAACAGCCGGGCUCCGGGGGCAGUGUCGGGAGGGCCAUGCGGCGGGGCUCCCCCCAAGUGCAGCGGGACAGCGGCGGCGGCUGGAGGAGCAGCCGGGGCCGGGGGCGCAUCGGCGUCUCUCCAUGCAACCCGGGCGGCUCGGCGGCGGCGGCGGGGGCGGCGGCUGAAAUCAUGUCCGGGCAGCGCCGGGGGCUGCUGCUGCCGCCGCCGCUGCUGCUACCGCCGCCGCCGCCGCUGCCGCGAGCGGGGAACCGCGAUGGCCCAGUGGCCCGCGCCACCGCCGCCGCCGCCCACUGCCUCCUCUAAGGGGCCCCCAGCGCGCAAGCUGCUCUUCAUGUGCACCCUGUCUCUGUCCGUCACCUACCUGUGCUACAGCCUCAUGAGCUGCUACAGUUCUCUGCAGUUCCCGCUGGCUCUGCAGGAGCCGCCCGGCGCUGGGGAGCCCUCGGGCGGCCCCCCUCCCAGCCCACCGCUGUUGCCCUCCCUCCUGCCUCCCCGUGUCCAGCUCGGCCCCUCGCGCCCGCCGCCGCCACCGCCGCCGCCGUCCCUGGGAGCGCUGGCCAACGCGAGCCGAAGGGAGCCACCGGACUCCCCCCAGGCCCCCGGAGAAAACUGGGGGCCGGGGAGUAGCGGCGGAGGGGGAGCAGCCAACCGGGACGCCUGGAUCCGGACCCCCCUGGCCCCAACCGAGAUGAUUACGGUGCAGAGUGGGCUCUUUGAGAGAGACCCCCAUGAGUCCAGUACCACGGACGAGGAGCUGACCGGUCGGAGGGGGAGCAAUAGUACCAGCGGAGGAGGAGAAAAGGGGGGGCCUGGCUCUGGCACCACUACCCCGGACUAUGGGGAGAAGAAGCUACCGCAGGCGCUGAUCAUCGGGGUGAAGAAAGGAGGAACCCGGGCUCUGCUGGAGGCGAUCCGAGUGCACCCAGACGUGCGGGCAGUGGGCGUGGAGCCGCACUUCUUCGACAGGAACUACGAGAAAGGGUUGGAGUGGUACAGAAAUGUAAUGCCCAAGACACUGGAGGGGCAGAUAACAAUGGAGAAAACCCCAAGUUACUUUGUAACUAAUGAAGCCCCCAAACGCAUCCACUCCAUGGCUAAGGAUACCAAGCUGAUUGUGGUUGUGAGGAACCCUGUGACUCGGGCAAUCUCUGAUUACACACAGACCCUAUCCAAGAAACCAGAGAUUCCUACCUUUGAAGUGCUAGCCUUCAAAAACCGGACCCUGGGGCUGAUUGAUGCCUCCUGGAGUGCCAUCCGCAUUGGGAUCUAUGCUCUGCACUUGGAAAACUGGCUUCAAUAUUUUCCCCUGUCUCAGAUGCUCUUUGUCAGCGGUGAAAGGCUUAUUGUGGACCCUGCCGGGGAGAUGGCCAAAGUGCAGGAUUUCCUUGGCCUCAAACGGGUGGUGACUGAGAAACAUUUCUACUUCAACAAAACCAAGGGGUUCCCUUGUUUGAAGAAGCCAGAGGACAGCAGUGCCCCAAGGUGCUUGGGCAAAAGCAAGGGGCGGACUCACCCCAGGAUUGAUCCAGAUGUGAUCCACAGACUGCGGAAGUUUUACAGACCCUUCAAUGUUAUGUUUUACCAAAUGACAGGUCAAGAUUUCCAGUGGGAACAGGAGGAAAGUGACAAAUGAGGCCAGAAAUUCUGGGGAAAAUAAUCUGAUAGUUUGGGGUGAAUCACUGUCUAAGAUGUGAAACUCCCAAGAGCACUUAUGGCCACAGCCUGAGUGCCAGGCAGCUCUCCAUCCUUGGUCAGGUUUCUGGGUUCCCACCCCUUCAGAGAUGAAACCUUAAUGUCUGAGCAGUUAGGAGGUCUUCUUUUUGGGUCUCCCCCCUUCAGUUCUCCCUCAUAUCUGGUUAACCAGAAUCAGAAGAGUGUGAGGAAGGAGUAAGUGGGAGAUUGCUUCCAGUGCAGCCCCCAAAGGCAAACAAAUGUCUGCUUUUUACAGCCAGCACAUGAUUAACCUGACUCCAGCAGAGACCCAGCGCCUAAGUUUCAGCUAGUAAAUGUCACUGACUAGAACAGUAUGAGGGCAAUCAGAAAGAUACCCUGCCCCCCACACACACUUCUCACACUUCUCUCUCUCACACACACACUCACUUACCAAAAGUCAUGUUAAAAAGGGGGGACUUUGGUUGGAAAAAAAAACCCACCUUCCAUCCAAUUAGGGUAUCUGAUUUAUCCCUUGUUGACAACUCCUUACCCUUCAAAUAACCUCAUUUCCUUAUUCCUUGCACAGGCAUAUUUAUCCCCACUAACUAGGAGUCCUCAGAGGCUUCAAGUGGCUGUUCAUGGGGAGGGGAGAAAGGGAUCAUACCUGUCUGUGGGAAAGACAAAAUGGCCCUGGGGAACUCUGACCCUGAGAUUGAAGGAUGAGUCUGGCAUGCCAGAGGUCUUCAGUUUCCUACUGAAAAUCCUCUUGUGUAUCCUGAUCAUCCUUGAUGUUGGGGGAAAAAAGAAAUAUUCCUCAUUGAGAUAAGUCUGCUCUUCAGGGCCACCUCCUCUCUGCCUAUUGUAGGAGAGCCUAGAUUGCUUCUAGAGAGCUAUCAGGGAAUAGGACUUCCUCUUCUAAAGGAUUGAGGAGUUAAGCUUAGAAUGUCCACUCAUUUUAGAAGCAGAGAGGCCAUCCACUGGCAAGCAGCAGAGUGGCCUCUCAGUCCUUGCAAGAUUCCUGAAGUGGUUUCAAAACUAAGACUGUCCAAUCCUCUUUUGAUUGGAGAUGAGAGGGGAAAUCUAUUUCCUCAGGAAGACAGAAUGUGCCAUGCUGCUUCUGGAUAGGAUUUUCCAAAUCUUUUAUUUAUUCUGAUGCUCAGGGCCAGGCAGCUGUAGCCUGUCACCCAUAAGGCAUGCUUCUUCACCUCUUCCCUCCCCUCUCCCCCAAGGGCCUGGGGCAUGAGACACAUUGAUGCUCUGAAAUUGGUGCUGUCUAUACAGGCCACUAUAUGUAAGCCCCUGGGUACUUCCAGGUCUUGAAGCCACUAGAAUUGAGGCAAAUGGCACUGGAUAGCUUGGGGAGGGAGAGAGGCCAGUUUUAUCUAGGUGGCUCAGGCCAGCUUGCUGCUGCUGGCCAUUGUCAGAUUCAAAAGAGCUAACUUCAUUUGUCAGACUUUGAGGGGGUGGACCAGAAAUAGGACUGCGCACAUCAGGUGUGGCUGAAUAAAAUGUCCAUUCCCAUUAGCGUGAUCCAAUUAAAACACAGCGUUUGACACAAAGCACUUUUCCACAGGCCGACAAAACCAGAAAUCGUUCCAGUAAAACUGAAAAUAUGUAGUGGGGAUGAGUUUAAUUUUUCUCAGAUGUUAUUAAAAUGUCAUUUCUCCCGCUAAAUGAAAACUGUGUUGUUAUAAAAAUGGAAUGCAACCUGAUUAAUGGGUUCUGAUAGCAUUUCUUUUAGUCUCCCCAGUUUCCAAUGCACUUGCACCCACCCUCUCGACAAGCUGGAUAGUCCCAGCUGCAUUCUCCUUUGGAGCCUGACACUUGCUUUGCCUCAUGGAUCUGGAUACAGUAGAAGGCAAAGAGGCUCUUGGGAAUAUUUUACAAAGCCAUGCUCAGGGGGGAAGAUGGAGUCUGGGGCCAUGGCUUUCUCUGUCCCAUACAGUUCUGACAAAGAAUGGACUUGUGCCUAAUUUAGUAUAUCCAACUGGAACACAGCCUUAUAAAUGAGAAUUAUUUUUUCAGACAAGAAAGUUCCUAUUGAGCUGAAGGCAAUAGAAACACCUUUAUUACCAAAAAGAAGAUAUAAAUAAGAUAUAGAAAAAUAAUAAUAUGUGUAAAUAUAUAUAUAUAACAUGUAGUAUGUGAAUAUUUGAAAGAAAAAAAAAACCUUAAAUGUAACAGGGUCAAGAAGUUUGCACUAUUAGCUGCUCAUAUGACCCAUUAUAAAAAAAGAUCUUGUCUUUUGCCCUCCUCUUCCCCACUCCCCACUCCCUUUCUGCUCUUGGGAAAUCAACCCCCUAAUGGAAGAGACCCAAAGUAAGUCAGCCUCUGAGUUUUGGAGUAUGAUUAAGGACCUAAGAGCAAUCUAUCGAGUGUUAGCCUACUCCAGAGGCAGACUUGGGCUUUCAUGAGUCCAGAUGGUAACUGGGCAACUGUAGGUUUCUUAUUUAACAGGUAUCAGGAAGUAUCUGCUUAGACAAGAAUCCCAGCUGCCCUUUUCUCCCUAUCUUGGGGGAUCCUCCAUUCAGAACCUAUAGUUUAGAAGCUUUGAGUUGGAAGGACCAUUAGAGGCUGACUCACAUCCAAGGGAGGAAUGCUUUUUACAAUAUCUUAAACAAGCCCUUUCCCUUCUAUGGGUGUCAAAAUUUUCUUUUCUGCCAAACAUAAAUUUGAAUUAGAUCAUUUCUAAGAGCCUUUCUAAUUCAAAAUCCUAUGAUCCACCCCAGAUUAGGGACAGUGUUAGCUCAGUCCUCUUACCACAUCUGGCCCAACUCCCUUCUCCCAGACCAUUCUUCCUAUCUAGGAAAAUAUUGAUUUAUAGGACAAGGAAAAAUCAUGCAUUUGCAAUCAGGUUUGGAUCAAGUGCUCCAGAAGAAGAACUCAGAUUGUUUAUUGAGACCAUCACUUCCCUUGCCUGCUCAGCCUCCCUCCAAUCUUGGUUUCUUCAGGAAGGUUUAAGAAGAGAGCCCAUUCUGGGCCAGGUGUGAUAAGGCCUGGGUAUUCGAUUUGACUCCCAGGGAUUAAAAACAUGGCCCAGGGUGCUUGUAACUUGUAUUGCUUCUUCCUUCCUGUCCCUCCAAGGAUUUCUUCUUUAUUUAGGUUAUAUCCCUGUGGUCCAGGGAGAGUUAAAGUGCUUAGUGACUCAAUAAGACCUAUCCCAGUGUUUAGAUGAAAUGAAAAAAAAAUCUCUUUUUUCUGUAUAUUGAAAAGAAAAAAGAUUUUUUUUUUAAAAAAACCAGGUCCUUUGGUCAAAGGCUAACUAUCACCUUCUUAGUGGCAGAAGAGAUUCAAGGCUAUAACUGCCCUUGCCAAAUGUCUUUUCCUCGAGAACCUCCCUGGAAAGGGUCUCUCUCGACUUCAGAGGCAGGAGAAUAGGGAGCCAUUCUUCAGAGGUGUUGUAAGGGGAGGGAGAGGGAGAUUCAUUAAUUUUUCAAGUGUCCAUUUGGGGACAUUUCUGAAAGAUCCAGAUUCCAAAAGGAAAUACAAAAUUUUAUAUGGUUAAGUCCUGCUUUCCACAUUAUUGACUUUGGUUUCAUCUUCCAUGGCCCCUAAAGGGAUCUGCUAAGCCCAAACUGCCUUUAUUUUAUAUGAGACCCUUGACAAAAGGAAUUAUUUCCUAGCUAGGUGGGCGUUCCCCACCUGCAGAAGGAGAGUUGGGUUAAUAACUUUUUUCUUUCCUCUUUAAAUGUCAGCAUUGCAACCCACAGGAGAUUGAAUUUUGUAUUUGAUUUCAAUUAGCAAAGCAUAAAUUAUGUUUAAUUUUCUACAAGCUGCGUGGAUGAUUCACUGUUCUGGAAAGGCUGCUAUCGGGUGGUUCAGGGCUGGGAAUGGAGAAUUCAGCCUUCCAAACGAUGUGUGCUGCUGACAGUUCUGCCAUACAGGCCUCUUUUUUUCUGUAUUGUUCUGUACCAGAAGGAGACGACCAUCUCAAACUUUAAAUCUGAACCAGCCAGCUCUAUUUAAUAAAACAUUGUGGCAGCCAUAUCUCUGGGCUCCAUUGAUCAUUAGCCUUUGCACAUGAACCUUGCCUAAGGUACAAGCAAACAAUCAAUAAACCAAUCAACAUUUAUUAAGUGUCUAUUAUAUGUCAAGCACUAUAGCACUGUCCUGGGUGCCAGUUACGAGGAGACAAAAAUGAAAUAGUCCCUGCCCUCUAGGAGAUUACAUUCUGCUGAAGUCCCUGAUACUCAGACUCUAGCCCAGGAGAUCUUAACCUUUUUUUUUUAAUCUUUGACCCUUUUGACUAUCAGGUGAAACUUAUGGAUCCCUCCUCAGAAUGUUCUUAAAUACACACAAUAAAACACAUAGGAUUACAUAGGAAACAAAUUUUAUUAAAUAAAAAUAUGUUUUUCCCCAUUCAGAUUCGGCUACCACCUGAAAUCUAUCCUAGGAUCCUGGGUCUUAACCUUCUGCAUAAAGCCCAGUGCUAAGAUAGAGCUCAGAACCUGAUCUAUCACUUGGGCAUAUAGCCCCUGAGGAGACAUUAGACUUAAAAGAAUUAAUUUCCCAAAUCUCUGCCAGGUCUUGAAAGUAUAAAAAAGAGGUAUCAAAUCAUUGGUGCUUCCACUGUCUUGUUCCUGUCAACUCAGUUCAUUUCACCAGACUUAUAAUGGAAACACACUGGGAAAAGUGGCUACCCAUUGAAUCCUAGUUUUAUUAUUUUCUAUCUUUGAGACCUCUUUGGCUUCCUGGUGGGGGCUAACCUCUUUCAUCAUCUAAUAAAUGAUGUGGUUAAAUGAGA